AUGAUGAGCAUUGAUGGUAAGACAAAUGAUUCUUUAAAUGCUCGCCUUGAUCUUCGCGAAAUGGGUAUAAGGGAAAGAUAUCAUCCAAAAGUAAGAGAAGAUGGUAAGCUUGAUUUUCUCCCAGGUGACUAUACGUUGUCAGAUGAUGAUAAUAGAGUUUUAUGUAAAUGGUUAUUUGAAUUACAAGUUUUAGAUGGAUACUCUGGAAAUUUAUCUCGAUGUGUGGCUGCUGGAGAACGUAGUAUUUCUCGUUAUUUGCAUCGAGUUGAAACUAAGUUUAAUCAAAGGGAUAGAAAUGAUGAUAGAGGUCAAUCGUUAUCUGAUACAUCUCAAUUACCUAUUUUUUCAACACCAGGUAAAUCUUUUGGGAAAGGUGUACUUGAAGAGAUGAGUAUCGAACUCCUUGAGGCUGCCAAGUUUUAUGUCCUACAAAAUUGUGAUGAAUGUCUACCUUUUAUUCAAGAACAUAAGAAUAUUCUAAUGCAUUCUGGUGUUAGAAAUAUGAAGGAGUCAGAUAGGCUUCAAUUUUCAAAUUGGUUUCAUGAGAGGGGAAAUCUGAUUGGUUCAAGAAAUUUUGGUUCUGUUUACAAAGGAGUACUCCCCAGUGAUGGAACUCUAGUUGCAAUAAAGGUAUUAAACCUUCUUCAACAACGAGCAUCCAAGAGUUUUAUGGACAAAUGCAAAGCUUUAAGAAGCAUAAGGCACAUUGAUCUUCUCAGGAUCAUAACUGCAUGCUCAAGCAUUGACAAUCAGGGCCAAGAUUUCAAAAGUCUAGUUUUUGAGUAUAUGGUGAAUGGAAGCCUAGAUGCCUGGCUGCAUCUAAGAGAUGAUGAGCAAUCUCGAAGCAAGAGAUUGAGCCUUAUCCAAAAAUGCAAUAUUGCAAUUGAAGUUGCUUCUGCAUUGGAUUAUAUCCACCAUCGUUGUGGAACUUCAAUUGUUCAUUGUGAUAUGAAGCCAGGGAAUGUUCUUCUUAACGAAGAUAUGGUGGCUCACGUCGGUGACUUACGUUGGUGA